AUGUCUGUGGUCAGGGUGACUGAAUGGCGGAAACUGCCGCUUAGUCUAGCUGAGCUAUGCAUUGACACGACUCUUCGAUGUGGCCAGUCCUUCCGAUGGCGUAAAGUCAAUGACAUGUGGUGCUGCACAUUGUAUGGUCGAAUCGUGUCAUUAAAGCAAGAUCCAACUCACCUGCAUUACCAGGUCACUUGGCCUACGAAACCAACAUAUCCGCUCACCCCUCCAAGUUUUGACAGCGAAGCUAGUGAAGAUGACACAGAGGAGUUACUACGGCAUUAUCUGAGCCUCAAGUUGGACCUCAAGUCUCUGUACGAGGAAUGGUCGAAAGCGGAUCCCAACUUUCGCAAGAGGGCCCCAGAGUUCGGAGGUGUUCGUAUGCUGAGCCAAGACCCAUGGGAGGCUUUGAUAUGCUUUAUCUGCAGUAGCAAUAACAAUAUCGCCAGGAUAUCACAAAUGGUUCACAAGCUGUGUCUACAUUACGGCCCGCUGAUCGGCAAGAUUGGGGACGAAACAUUCCACGAUUUCCCAACACCCGAGGCUUUGACGGGAAGCUCAGUAGAGGCGCAUCUGAGGGAGCUUGGGUUUGGCUAUCGCGCAAAGUAUAUCGCGCAGACGGCUUCCAUUGUGGUCAAUGACAGGCCAAAGGGAUGGUUCGAGAGUCUUACCAACCCAGAGAACCCAUGCUACAUCAAAACGGCCGAGGGAUGCAAGCUGCCACAGUGUACAUACAAAGAGGCACAUGAACAGCUGCUCCAAUUAUCGGGCGUAGGCCCCAAGGUGGCCGAUUGUGUCUGUCUGAUGGGCCUGGGUUGGGGUGAGGCCGUGCCGGUGGACACACACGUCUGGCAGAUUGCCCAGAGAGACUACAAGUUCGGCAAGACCAAGACCAAAACGUUCAACAAGGCGAUGUACGAUGCCGUGGGAGAUCAUUUUAGGGAGCUCUGGGGCAAGUAUGCGGGCUGGGCGCACUCUGUGCUCUUCACGGCGGACCUCAAGACCUUUUCUGAGCGAACAGUGAAGGAAGAGGACCAGACGGUGAGGGUGAAGAAGGAGGUAACCGUUGAUCAAGAAACGCCCAUUUUGGGUCAGAAACGUAAGGUUGUGAAGACAAAGGUCAAGGUUGAGGUUGAGCAUGAGGUGCCCGACACUGCCCUGCUAGAAUCAUCGCCGAAGCGGAGGAGGACACGAUCGCAGGCUCGAAAGACGAGCUGA